CACAACAUUGUCUGAAGAUGGCAAACUCCACGGCUUCCUAUGACCAGCUGGUCUACCAGGUGGAAGCUCUCCGCCAGGAGAAUUCCCAUCUGCGGAGAGAGCUGGAGGACAACUCCAACCACCUGUCCAAGCUGGAGAACGAGACCACCGACAUGAAGGGGGUUCUGAAGGGGCUGCAAAGCAAACUGGAGCUGGAAGCUGGCACUUUGGCCUCUUCCGGGAGGACUGAUGUGCUGGACCAGCUCAAAGAGUUGCACAUGGACUUGACCAACUACUAUGAGCUGAAGUACCAGCCGCAAAACAUGCGCGUUCUCCCAGACAGUCUAGCCAGUCUGGCAGCUCAGUCAGGUGACAUGGACGAUUGUCUGGCCUGCUUGCCUCCCUCCUCCUCCAGAGCCAGGAGCCCCCUGCGGCCUUCAUCCCGCCAGAGCUCCUCUCUGUCUGGGGAGGGCACGGCUGUGAACCCUGGAGCCCUGACCAAAGUCAUGCUGGGAGACAGGCGCAUCACGGCCCAGCAUCUGGAAGACCUCUACAAAGAGAGAACGAUGUUGCUAAGUGAGAUAGACAAGGAGGAGCGGGAGCGUCACUGGUACUACAGCCAGCUCCAGGGACUGUCUCAGCGGCUGAACCAACUGCCAGGCAUCGACACGUUCUCCAUACAGAUUGACCUCAUUCGCCAGCAGCUGGAGUUCGAGGCACAGCAGUUGCGUUCUGUCAUGGAGGAACGCUUCGGAACCAGCGAUGAAAUGGUCCAGAGGACACAGAUCCGUGUGGCUCGUCUGGAACAGCUGGAGAAAGAACUACAGGAGGCCCAGGAGUCCAGAGGCACCCAGGAGAAGAGCCUGUGUGAGAUCUCAAGCUGUGAAAAGCAGCCUAUUCCCGAAACUGAACAUGCGUUGACUGCUUCUGCUCUGGAUGCACAAGGAGAUGGAAGCAAAGUGGAGAUGGUGUUCUGGCUGCUCUCCAUGCUGGCCAACCGGGACAAGGAGGAGAUGUCCCGCACUCUGCUGGCCUUGUCCAGCUCCCAAGACAGCUGCAUCGCCAUGCGCAAGUCCGGCUGCGUUCCCCUGCUGGUGCAGAUCCUGCACGACGGCCCAGGGGGCGCCGGAGAGUCGGCCAGGAGUGUAGCAUGCAGCCGGGAGGCCCAGUCCAGAGCCAGCACUGCCCUGCAUAACAUAGUGUACUCCCAGCCCGACGAGGGCCAGGCCCGGCGGGAGAUGAGGGUGCUGCACGUGCUGGAGCAGAUCCGCUCGCACUGUGACAGCGGCUGGGACUGGAUUGAGAGCCAUGUGCAUACUCCCUCUCCUGGAGGUACUACAACCACAGACAUCCCUGAGCCAGUGGAGCCCCAGAUCUGCCAGGCCAUGUGUGCUAUCAUGAAGCUUUCCUUCGAGGAGGAGUACCGAAGAGCCAUGAAUGAACUAGGAGGGUUGCAGGUGGUUGCAGAGGUGAUGCACUUGGACCAGGAGCUGUACGGCAUGCAGAACGAUCCCAUCAAUAUGGCACUUCGACGCUACGCGGGAAUGGCACUGACAAACCUUACUUUCGGAGAUGUCGUCAACAAGGCCACUCUCUGCACAAAGAAAAGCUGCCUGCAGGCCAUUGUCACCCAACUUGCAUCUGAUAGUGAGGAACUACAUCAGGUAGUGUCGAGUAUUCUUAGAAAUCUGUCAUGGCGUGCAGACAUCAACAGCAAGAGGGUCCUUAGAGACGUGGGGAGUGUAACAGGAUUGAUAACCUGUGCUCUUCAAGCUACAAAGGAAUCCACCUUGAAGAGCCUCCUCAGCGCUCUGUGGAAUCUGUCAGCACACAGUCCUGAGAACAAGGUGGCCAUUUGCUCAGUAGAUGGGGCUCUGGGCUUCUUGGUCAGCACCCUCACCUACAGAUGUCAGACCAACUCACUGGCAAUCAUUGAGAGUGGAGGUGGCAUCCUGCGUAAUGUGUCCAGUCUUGUGGCCACCAGGGACGAUUACAGGCAAAUCCUCAGGGACCACAACUGCCUCCAAACGCUGCUACAGCACCUGCGCUCCCACAGCCUGACAAUUGUGAGCAACGCUUGUGGGACCCUCUGGAAUCUCUCUGCCCGCAGUCCCAAGGACCAGGAACUGCUGUGGGACCUGGGAGCGGUCAGCAUGCUGCGCAACCUCAUCCACUCCAAGCACAAAAUGAUAGCCAUGGGAAGUGCCGCAGCUCUACGGAACCUGCUCACGAACCGGCCCUUCAAGUAUAAGGAUGCCGCGGUCAUAUCCCCUGGUUCCUGCAUGCCCUCACUCUACAUGAGGAAGCAGAAAGCACUAGAGGCUGAGCUAGAUGCAAAGCACCUUGCGGAGACAUUUGAUUCUAUUGAAAAAAAAACCUGUGCCAAGCAUCCAAGCAUCAACAAGCCACUGUGGCACAUCGAGAGCCUGGCAAAAGAUUAUGCAUCUGACUCGGGCUGCUUUGACGAUGAUGAGGCCCCUAAUGUCUCCAGUAGUCUGGACACAGGGAGUUUCUCCAUGCUCUCCAUGUUCUUGACCAACUCCAACUUUCUUCAAAACCAGCCUCGCAAGAAGGACAGUGAACCGGAGAGAGAUGUGGAGCCACCACAGACAGAGGAAAAGAAGCCAGUGCCUCCAGAAGAUGAGGUGUCUGUUGCAGCAGAAAAAUUAGCAAAAAAGAUCACCAACACUGUGGCUAAGAUUGAUAAGCUUGUGGAGGACAUUACCAUGCAUACAUCUUCGGAGGACAGCUUUAGCCUUAGCUCAGAGGACCGUUUUGCAGACCUGCCCUAUGGAUCAGAUGAACUCCAUGAGGCCCGGGCCAAGUCAUGCUCCCCCUGCCGCCUCUCUGAUACCAGCAGCUAUGCACACAGAGAACGUCUAAACAGAGCCCAUGCUAUCUUACGUCUCAAAACUACCCAUGCAAGUUUGUCCACUGACAGUCUGAACAGUGGCAGCACCAGUGAUGGCUAUUGUGGUAGCAAGGACCAGAUUAGGCCCUCAGCGAGACGGCCUAACAAGCUUGAUCUUAAGGUGGCCCAUCAAGAAUACCUUAACGUCGGAGCUCAUGUCCUCAAUGAGGCAAGUCAGAUCGACGUACCAGAGAGAGAUUCUGUGGACAGCAAAAAUGUGAAAUUGCCUGAUCUUAAUAGCACAGAAACAGAGAAGAGCCAAGCGUUGCCCCCUCAAACACCAGCUAGCCUAUCAACUAAAUUCUCUUCUGAUGUCAGCAUGACUUCCAUAAAGCUGUCCCCUUCCUAUCAACAUGUCCCUCUAAUUCAAAGUGUCGCUAAGUUUGGUGUUGCAAAGACUGCCAUCAAUGUACAUGCAGCUCAAGCAAUGAGGAGACAAGCCUGGGUCCCAACUGUGAUGACUGGGGGGAGUUUAACCAAGUUUUCUCCAAUGAGCUCUGCUAGAAGUCCUACCAUUGGACCAAUGGAGACACUGCAGAAGUAUUCAGUGGAGAACACACCAAUCUGUUUCUCCCGUUGCAGUUCCCUGUCCUCCCUCUCCUCUGGUGAUGAAGCUCUUGACGGGCAGAGUCAAAGUGAAAAUGAGUUAGAGAGUGACUCAUCACUUGAGAUCAUUGAAGUGGAAGAUGAGGAUCUGGUAAAGAGGGAGGAGGAGAAUGAGACCUUGGAGGAUCUUAGUGAUAGCCAACUGCUAGUCACUGAUUCAAAAACCUGUCAAAGCCUUGGGACUGAUCCAAUUGAAAUUCCCUGCCCAACCAAACAUGAAAAGGUGUUCCUGAGGGGUGUCUCACCAGGCAUACUUGAGGACAGAUCACCUUCAAGUUCGUCAGAGAACUACAUUCAUGAGACCCCACUUGUGAUGAGUCGUUGUAGCUCUGUCAGCUCACUGGGUAGCUUUGAAUCUCACUCAAUUGCCAGCUCCAUACUAAGUGAUCCAUGCAGCGAAAUGAUCAGUGGGACCAUAAGUCCAAGUGAUCUUCCUGACAGUCCAGGGCAAACCAUGCCUCCCAGUCGAAGCAAAACUCCAUGCUUUGCUGAAUCAAAUGGUACAGGAAGCCAAAACGCCGGGACAGCAGGGCAGUGGGAAAGCAGCUUGCGCAAGUUCAUGGAUAUUGCAGACUUUAAGGAAAGGUUCAACCUGCCUCCAGAUUUAGACACCAUGAUCUACUUUACAGUGGAAAAGCCGACAGAGAACUUUUCAUGCGCCUCUAGCUUGAGUGCUCUACCUCUUCAUGAGCACUUCAUUCAGAAGGAUGUUGAACUGAAAUUGACCCCCAUACUCCAGCAAAAGGACAACAAUCCAACAUUCCCACAGGCUCAGGGAGAGCCAGAUGACAAUGAGCAUCCUUCCUUUAUGGACCAAGGGGAAAGAUAUAGUGAGGGCAAUUCAGAUGAUGAUAUAGAAAUUCUCAAAGAAUGCAUCAAUUCAGCAAUGCCCUCCAAGUUCAGGAAAGUAAGGCCCUCCCUGAUCUCCACCUUACCCACCCAUGUUCUAAACUCACAAACCCGAAAACCUAUACCUGUUUAUAUGAUGGUUCCUAACAAUGCCAAUCAAAUGUGCUCAGGGAGAAGGAUUGUAAUGCAACAAAAGGACUUAUAUCUGGAUGAUUCCUCAUAUACUGAUUCUGCCGAGGGCACCCCUGUCAACUUUUCCAGCACGACAUCGUUAAGUGACGAAACACUUCAGUACCCAGUGAGGGACAAGGGGGCAAAAGAUUGGAGGGUAAGAAAUAUGAACAAACAGGAAUUGUUGGAUAAAGAGGCAAAGAGAAUUGAAGACCUUCGGGUUUUCUCGCACUUCCACAAGAACACUAAAAUGACCAGUCAGCCUGACAUACCAGUCAAUCAAAUGAACAGGUCAAUCAAACAUGUCAUUCCCACUCAAAGAGUACUGAUGCAGAGCAAAGAGGUGGCUGAUAGAGUGGCUAACCAGAGAAAGCAUGAUCAAUCACCCAUUCAACAAAGACAAAAGCAGGGACAGGUCCUGACAAGGAAACUGGAUCUGCCUAUCAUAAAGCCAAACACAGAGGGGAACCAAAAUCAGAGAGCACUCCAGGGGAACAAUGCUUUUCAGUCCAUCCGCUGUCCCACAGAGGAAGCCAUUUACUGCUUAUACAAUGAACAGACAGACAAAGAGGAGGGAGUGAUUAAAAGGGCAGGGAAAAAACAGAUGAGAGAGUCCAGCAAGAACACUCUCUCCCGAAGUAUGACUAAUAUUGGUCGGAUUGACAAUUCCCAGACAAGACCCAAAGGUUUUAAUAGGAUCAAGCACAAACUAAUAAUGGACGAAACACCCCCAUGUUAUUCUCUUAGUGGAUCUCUUAGCUCUUUGAUUGAUGCAGAAUUUGAGGAACACCAAUCAAAAGCCCAGCAAAUAUGGGUGAAAAACAAACACAACAAGAUAUCUAACCAGGCCCAACAAAAAAGACCAAUGCACAUCCACAAUCAGUAUGAGGAACAAAGCUCACCAAGCUCAGUCAGUAUGGAUCCAGAGGAUGAUCUUCUGCAAAAAUGCAUAACAUCUGCAAUGCCCAAGCAGAGGAAGAAGCUUUCUGCAAUGCCCAAGCAGAGGAAGAAGCUAUCUGCAAGAAAGAAAGCAGAGAAGAAGCAGAAACAAAGAAACGUCAUGCAGAAUGUGGCCAGUGGAUGGAACAAAGAACAAGAAUUUGACAGUGAGGAUAUAGCAUCUGAUAAAGACUCAGACCUCAACAGUGUUGAAUGGAGAGAAAUACAAGAAGGCGCUAAUUCUGUUGUCACACGCUUACAAGCAUCAAAGUCUCAAGAACCGUCCUCUGAAGAGACCGAAUCUGUCCUCUCUUUUAUGUCUGGAUCUAGUUUUACUCCUAAAGAAAAGAAGAUCUUUAAGGACAAAAAAGCUAACAAACCUCUGGACUUUAACCAACGUAAGCCAGUUCCAAAUCUGCCAGUGGUCUUCAGAGGUAGAACAGUGACAUACACCCCUAAGAAAGAGAUAAAUCUCUCACAAAUACCUCCUCCUAACAAAAUGUCACCCAAGACAGAUGCUCCAAAGAAUCCAAACCUUGCUCAACAGAGGUCAAGGAGUCUCCACCGUUUGGGACAACCCCAUGACUCCACACAGUGGUGUUUGCCGAAAAGAAGCUCAACCCCACCUCCGAGGAUACCAAAGAGCUCAUCAUCUGGAUCAUCUCAAAGCUCUACUCCAUCGAGACAGUCACCGAAGAAAAUAACCUUCCCUUCACAAACUAGUCAAUCUGUUUCCAAAAAAGAUACCACACCAGCAAGUAGUCCACCUGAAAGGAAUGGACGUUCCACUGUUCCUUCAAAUCCAACCCCAAAAUCUCCAGCACACAAAACACAGAAGUCACCCGUCCGAAUACCCUUCAUGCAGAAUGCAGCAAGACAGUCCAGAACUCUAUCACCAUUGGUAACCAACCAACACACAAGUAUCAGCAGGCAAAACAGUCAGGUGGCAGGAAAAAGAAUACCUCCAGCCACUCGCAUGACAUCUGUCCAUUCAAGCUGCAGCGAAUCUGACCGCAAUGGGUUCCUGAGGCAAUUGACCUUCAUCAAGGAAUCAAAGACUAUGAUGAGACGUGACGGUCCGUCCUCACGCUCUGUUCCUACCUCGCAGCAUGCAUCGCCCAGAAAAGCAAUCCCAGGUGCUCCUGCAGUCUUCCUCUGCUCAUCUCGAUGCCAAGAGCUAAAGGCAGUUGCUCAGGGACCAAGAAGGAUGCAAGAAAGGGGGCCAGGGCAAAGGCAAGAGUCAAGGCAGGGGCUACAAAGUCAGACUGUGACUCUGUCCAGAGCCUGCUCUAGUGACCGAGACCUCUCAACCAGGCAUCCAGCCAGGAGAACCAGCUCAGAGAGUCCCUGCAGGUUGCCUCAGAGGAACAUCUCUGCAACCAAGCAGCAGGAAAGAGACACAAUCAAGCGGCAUUCCUCAUCGCCCAGCAUUAACAUACUGAGCAGAGUAACCAGCCGUUCCUCCCUCCGCUCCUCGUCCUCUGACUCAAGUGGGCGAGCCAAGAGUGAGGACGAUACAAAUAAGAAGCAGCAGAGAACUGGAUCACGUCUCAAUGACAGAGUCACCUGGAGGAGAAUUCGGGAUGAGGAUGUUCCUCAAAUCUUGAAGAGCACUCUGCCAUCUACUGCACUGCCUCUGUUGCCUGUUCCUGAAGGGCCAAAACCUAAACCACCGGCACUGCCAGGGAAACUGCCGACCAUUUUACUUAAUUCAAGAAAGACGAGCGACGCCACAGUCCAAACAGAGGAUUUCUCAUCCAACAAGACCAACUCAAGCACUUCUCCAACUGUUGAGACAGCUCCAGUCAUCUCAGAGGAGGCAGCGAGACUAGCCCUCCUUAGAAAGAUCAGCAUUGGCUCCGGCCAAGAUGGAGGCUCUGAUAGAUCCCUAAAGAGCUACAGCACAGCCUCUACUGGAAAUUCACACUCUGUGGAAACUCACACAGGUGGCGUCGGUCAUUUCCGUCAGAGCUCCCCCAGCAUGGCGGUUAGGGUUACCCCAUUCAACUACAUACCCAGCCCCAUGGCUUGCUGCCUGCAAGACACACAGAGCCAAGAAACAACAAUCAAUGAGAAGUCAUGUGAUAAAUCUGAAGCGCAGUAGCUACUACGUAGUACCGUAUGUACUUCUGUACAUUUGAGAUUAAUAAAAUCCUACUGUGUUCCUGAUUGAUACUAACACUCAGAUGGCUUAGUUGUGAAUAUCAAUCAUUUUACCUCGGGUAUUGAACCUUUUUUCCCCUCACUGCUUCAGAAAUAUGUCUUCAAAAAAGAACACUUGUCAUGUCAAAUCAUCUGAUCCCACAUGCCAUUCAUACAAGUUGGAUGUAUGCAUAAGACAAGACUUCAAUGGAUAGACUAACACUAUCCUUUAGAGAGGAGUUACGGGGAAUAGCCUAUUCUCUUACAAAAUAACAUUUUUGUACUUUUUGUAUUUGUAUAUAAAUCAUUGCCUGUUAGAAAAGUAGUGUAGACAUGACAACAUACAAAAAAAAGAAAAUUGUAUGUGGAUUCCAAGACAUACAGUACCAUCAUCAAAAUGAAGGAAGUACCAUUAAUGAAAAACAAUAUGCAAAUUAUUGAGUGAAAACCUGGCUGGAAGAGUUUGUGUUUUUGGAAAGGUACUACUGUGUCUCCAAACUAAUUUGAGAAAGACCAUUGAAAUACAUCAAAAUAAGGACAUAAUCUCAUGUACAGUAUUUCUUAUGUACUCACAUGUCACUGCUUCGCCUUCACCACACUACUCACUACUGAGGAUACAACACUGUUAGCAUUCACCACACUACUCACUACUGAGGAUACAACACUGUUAGCAUUCACCACACUACUCACUACUGAGGAUACAACACUGUUAGCAUUCACCACACUACUCACUACUGAGGAUACAACACUGCUUCGCCUUCACCACACUACUCACUACUGAGGAUACAACACUGUUAGCAUUCACCACACUACUCACUACUGAGGACACAACACUGUUAGCAUUCACCACACUACUCACUACUGAGGAUACAACACUGUUAGCAUUCACCACACUACUCACUACUGAGGAUACAACACUGUUAGCAUUCACCACACUACUCACUACUGAGGAUACAACACUGUUAGCAUUCACCACACUACUCACUACUGAGGAUACAACACUGUUAGCAUUCACCACACUACUCACUACUGAGGAUACAACACUGUUAGCAUUCACCACACUACUCACUACUGAGGAUACAACACUGCUUCGCCUUCACCACACUACUCACUACUGAGGAUACAACACUGCUUCGCCUUCACCACACUACUCACUACUGAGGAUACAACACUGCUUCGCCUUCACCACACUACUCACUACUGAGGAUACAACACUGCUUCGCCUUCACCACACUACUCACUACUGAGGAUACAACACUGCUUCGCCUUCACCACACUACUCACUACUGAGGAUACAACACUGCUUCGCCUUCACCACACUACUCACUACUGAGGAUACAACACUGCUUCGCCUUCACCACACUACUCACUACUGAGGAUACAACACUGCUUCGCCUUCACCACACUACUCACUACUGAGGAUACAACACUGCUUCGCCUUCACCACACUACUCACUACUGAGGAUACAACACUGCUUCGCCUUCACCACACUACUCACUACUGAGGAUACAACACUGCUUCGCCUUCACCACACUACUCACUACUGAGGAUACAACACUGCUUCGCCUUCACCACACUACUCACUACUGAGGAUACAACACUGCUUCGCCUUCACCACACUACUCACUACUGAGGAUACAACACUGUUAGCAUUCACUUUUGAACCACUGCAGGAAUUAUUAUUGCUAAUAGUUAACCUUAAACAAUCAGCACUGCUGGAACUCUGUGUUAUCUGUAUUCUGUCUUUAAAGUAGUAUUUCAAUGCGUGCAGGCAUACGGUAGAACUAUAAGCUUCCCAGUGAGCAAAAACAACUCUGUGUUGCUCCUUACAGCAUGUUAAAUACACCUGUAUUACACCUCUUAAUAUUGUGGAUGUUGGACUAAAAUCAACUUCUCAGUGGUAUUCUUCAUUAUUUAAAAAGUUCAACAAAAAAGAACCAGUAAACAUGCAUUUCUAGUCCAUCUGCAAUCUGGAUCAAGUGGCAAUGAAGUAACGUCAUGCUCAUUGAUGCUCGUUGUAUAUGAACAGGCUAAAUGACUUGACUGUAUUUCAACUUAAUAGCUGUAAAUGCCUUUGUCUAUUGAAUGCUAUAACAUAUUUGUGUUUGCCUCUAGAAUCAGUUAUACUUAAAGUAAUCACAGGCAGGUAAAAGAUGGUGUUAAGGUGGCUGAUGGUCACUAAGAGAGAAACAACUGUUGGGUUUUACAGACGUGUACUCUUACAGAAAUGAUUCUGUAUAACUAUUUACAGAAAUGUGUUAAUAUUUGCUUAAACGUCUUGCUGCCAGUAGUGAUAGGUCAAAGAACUCAAGUAUAAGAAAUUAAAAUAAUUAAUAUUCUCUGUAGUUGUAACAUCACCUGUUCAUAUGUUCUCCGGUCAUAUGUUCUCUGAGAGGUGUAACCAAGACAAAAGUGCUUGACAAAAAGUAAACUAAUCUGGCUUGAUCUCCAUGACAUUUAAGGGCUGUUUAUUCUCAUUAAAUGUGCAGUGUUGAAUUGUGUCAACAAGUAACAUGUCCAUGUUUUACUCGUGUUUUCAGUAAUGCAAUGAACCAAGUCUCUUUGUCACACAAACAUUGUCGCAUAAUGGCCAUUGAUAAUGUAUAAACAGCCCUUAAAGACAAAUAGUGAGUGUGCAGUAUGUAGGAAAGUUUUGUCAAAGACGAAGACAUUAUCUUUGAAAGUUUUGUCAAGAUCCUUACAACUGAAGUGUUGUAUAUGCUAUGUUACGAUUAAAAUGUCCAAGGUCGUCCACCAUGAAUGUCAUAUGCUUUGUUUACACCUGGCAUUACAAUACUUCAAGUUAUAUUCAGUGCUUGGAAGCACCAGAAUGAUUUGCAAACUGGUUGUGAACGAGUCUAAUGAAAUCACCUCCAAAGUUGGAACAUAAAAGCUGAUUUGCAUCAGCCAUGACUUGGAACUGGACUACUGUAGCAGUUUCCUGUGAAGAUAACUGUCAUUUUGAUAUUACCCACUUUGCUACAACUAGAAUAAAUGAAGUUGGACAACUGGGUGAAGGGAAGGAGGAUUAUAACAGAUCAGAUAUGGGGGACAAGAAAUCUCAUGCCAGGUGUGAACAGAGCCAUAGGCAGCAAAUGGUACAAUGUGAUAUAGGCCAAGGAAUGAAAGUCAUCCUAAUAAAUGUUCUCAUCAAAUAAAUUGUGGACAACAUUUCAUUAA